AGGGAGGGAGGGUGCCCGAGGGGGUGGAGCCACGGGGAGGUGAGCGCCUCUAUAGUCGCCCGCGCUCGGCUCCCUGCCGCUUAGAACCCGAAACCCGCCGCUUGAGCCUCCGCACGUGGCUCGCACGCAAACGGCGCCUGCUUCGCCGAGGCUACCGGCGGCACGAGAGCGGGGAACGCGGCGACUUUGAGCACAGAGGAGGAGGAGGAGAGGGCCCCGACAUGUUCCCCGCCUUGUCCAGCGAAGAGGGCUCCGAGCCGUGGCUGCCCACGCACACCGCGGCCGCGGCGCUGUGCGCGCUGUCCCUGCCGAGGCUCGGGGAGGAAGUUCCCGUAGCGGACCCCUCGGCAACGGGGUCCGGCAAGGGGAUGUCCUCGGUGUCUCCCGGUGCGGGGUCGGAACCCGCGACCAUCCCGCAGCAGCAGCAGCAGCAGCACGCGCAGCCCGCUCAUCUUCACCACCACCACCAGCAACAUCUGCUUCAUCGCCGGCAGCAACCGCACCUUCUGCAGCUUCAGCAACAUCAACAGGACCGUCUCCUUCCCAACCAACAGCAAGAGCAGCAGCAGCAUCAGCAGCAGCGCGCGGAUGAUGACCCCGCGGGAGUCGAGCGCGCACCGCGAGACUCCGGUUCGGCCGAAGAAGGGGUCGGUGUCGCGGCCGCUACUCCCAAAGUCCAGAGCGGGGUCAGGUGGGGUCCGGGAAACCCCCUUUCGUGUCCCCUCUGCCGGGGGAUGCUCAGCGAGCCCGUGAGCGCUCCGUGCGGCCACGCGUUCUGCCGGCGUUGCCUGGAACAGGAGCCGAGCGGCGAGUGCGCCGCGUGCCGCCGGCCCUUCCAGCUGCUGGACGUCAGGGAGCACCGUCCCAACAUCGUGGCCUGUAAACUCCUGCUCAAGUGGUUCCCUCGGGAGAGCGAAGCGGCCCGGAUGAGACACGAGGCCCUGGAGCUCCUUCAAGAGCGACGCGCGAUGCACGCGCUCGCGAAGUGCCAGGCGGCGAUGGAAUUGGCUCCUGGCGACUCGGCGCUGCUGUGCGUGCGUGCGCGGUGCCACGCCGCCACGGGCCACUGGGAGGCCGCCCUGCUCGACGCGGAGAACGUGUGUCGGCUGGAGCCCACGUGGCACCAGGGCUUCCUUACGAAGGGCCACAGCCAGGAGGCGCUUGGCUUGCGCGAGGAUGCCCUCACUGCCUUCCUGCACUGCCUGGCGCUGAGGCCCAACUGCGUGGACGUGAAGGCCUGCGUGGACAAGCUGCUUGCGGAGCUGCUGUCCCCGGCGCUGCAGCGCAGCCCCCUCGACUUCCUCCAGAGAGUGCUGGGUCGGCCGCCCAUCGCCAGCGGCACCACCACCGGCACCACCACGGCCAGCACCACCAGCAGCAGCAGCAGCAGCAGGGAGCUGACACUCGGCAACGCAGCGCCAGAGAAAGAGGACGGAGCUGGCUGCUCAGAGGAAGAGGUGGGCGACGGGCGAGGGAGCCUGGUUGACGAGGUGCCUCUUCAGAAGAGGCUCAAGCGGAAAUGCUCGGUGGAGGAGGAAGAGGAGGGACCAGAGGAGGAGGACGGAACUGGGAGGUCUCUUCUGUCGCUCGGCAGGCCCAGGAAGCUGAUGAAGCGAUGUGACUCGGCGAGCGAGUGGGGAACGUGGCCGGCGCUCAGCGCCGUCGCCCCGGCUCUCAUCGACCCCACGGACAUGGAGUGCUCGCUGUGCAUGAGGCUGCUGUAUGAGCCGGUGACGACCCCCUGCGGCCACUCGUUCUGCCUGCGCUGCCUGGAGCGCUGCCUCGACUACAACCCGCGCUGCCCCCUCUGCAAGGAGACGCUCGCACAGUACCUGGCGCUGCAACGCUACAGCGCGUGUCACCUGCUCAAGGAGCUCGCCGCUCGCUACAUGGCCGAGGCGCUCGCAGAGCGACGCAGCGCCCACCUCGACGAGAUCGCCGAGAUGUCCAGCCUCACGCAGGACGUGCCGGUGUUCGUGUGCACCGUGGCAUUCCCGUCGCUGCCCUGUCCGCUGCACGUCUUCGAGCCGCGCUACCGCCUCAUGGUGCGGCGCUGCCUGGAGACCGGCACGCGGCGAUUCGGCAUGUGCCUGGGCAACGCCAGCGGCUUCACCGAGUUUGGCUGCAUGCUGGGCGUCCAGAGCACGCAGCUCAUGCCGGACGGGCGCUCGGUGGUGUACACGGUGGGCGAGCGGCGGUUCCGCGUCGUGCAGCGAAGCCAUCGCGACGGCUACAACACGGCCAACAUCGAGUACCUGGAGGACGUCAAGGUGGAGGAAGAGGAAGCGUACACGGAGCUGCAGGCGCUGCACGAGGAAGUGUAUGUACAGGCGGCCGCAUGGUUCGGCUCCCUCCGCAGCCGCCUACGCAGCCAAGUGCUGCUGCACUUUGGCACGCUGCCCGCCAAGGAGGCCGACCUGCAGGCGAGCGUCGACGGCCCCGCCUGGUGCUGGUGGCUCCUCGCCGUGCUGCCGCUGGACGGGCAGGCGCAGCUCAAGGUGCUGGCCAUGACAUCGCUGCACGACCGCCUGCGUGCGCUCAGCCGGGUGCUCGCGUACGUGUCCGGCCGCUCCCGCUGACCCGUCUCGACGGCCCCGCAACCACCACGCCCGAGCCUCCCCACCCCCCCCACCCCCCCCGCAGCAACCCGCCCAUCUCACCUCACCCUCGUCGCCGCAGCCGCCAUCGCCGACAACUGUGACCGAGGUCGUGGCAGCCCCCGACCCGGCUCGAGGUCACCACCGCCAGCGCCCCAUAAAAACAAGCAACCAACGUGGCCUCCGACUUAGCCCUUAAACCGGCUUGGAGGUCAGAGCCGCUCUGCGAGGAGCCCCAUCGCCGCUGCCCACCACCGGCUCGGUCGAGAGUCUUCCUUUCUAGACGUCUGUCCACAGUCCUCUGCUGCUGCUGCCGCCGCCGCUGUCAUUAAACAGCGGAGCGGGUCACGGACGAUCGCUUUAAACGGAGCGGGGAAUGGAAGCUGCUGCUGCCUUCACCGAGGAAUGGACGCUGCCAGCUCUAGCUAACAAAACAUGCACGCUGCCGCAUCCAAACCUGACCAAAACGCCCACGCUCGUCCGCAUUCGGUGUUAUUCUCGACAAAAAAAAUGUUAACCCUCGUUUAAAAAAAACCUAAAGUUAUUCCGGAGGGUCGAACAUGCCCGAGCGUGCAUCCAUCGCAGAGAUUGAGUGGGGAUGGUAUCAGAGAUUGAGUGGGGAUGAUAUCAGAGAUUGAGUGGGGAUGAUAUCAGCUUGGUGUGUAAGGGGCAGUGGAUAGAUCAAGACUGAUGAUGUUGAACCCAUCCUAGCAUGAUGGUUGUAAUUGUUGUGCCAUCUCCCCACAGACGGCCACGACACAAAUUGAAUAAAUCGCUUAAUCUUCUAAAUCCACCCACUCAACAAAAUCUGACUCGGCGAACAAGGAGCUUUUGUGGGUUAGUUUUUCAAGGGCACACCCCCCAACCCAUGUUGCCUUUAAACCGUGACAAAGCAACUGGCAGCCGAGAAUCCACUACUUCCCGCGUGCUUCCGCCGUGGUGGCGACAGGGAAGGCUGAGAUCCCCCAGAUGAGCGAGCAUCGUGUGCUUUGUUUCGGCUGUCGCUCCAACAGGGACGACCGACCGUGUCCUCCUCACAGACGGCCACCCGUGAACGCGACACACUAGUAACCGUGAUGGAGGAAGUGGGGGGGGGGGGUCAGUAACCGCCGUUCUCAUCCGAUUACAACUUUGAAAAAAAAAAACAGGGUUUUUCUUUUCAAAAGUUCUUGACCAUAUAUAUUUUUUUACAGCCAGCUGUCUGCAAAUUUUUCUUCCACCAGGCCCAUUCAUAAGCCACAACCAAUCUCCGUCACGCUUCACACACAAUCACAACGGUGAGAACGCAACAAUGAAAGGGGGCACAAGCUGCAUUGUGCGAGCAGCAGGUGGCAUGGGAACGCAGAUAGUCGGGGUUUGGGGGGGUAGCGGGGAGAGGGGGCAUGUGCCCCCCACAAUUUUUGGCCCCUCGCAGGCGAAUCACCCGAUAGGUACCCCCGACAGCGGUGAUUUAAAGCUCCGUCGAUUCAGAUGGUUUGUUUGCGUUUGUGAGGUGCCUGCGAGAAUCGAUUUGGGUGGUCGUUAUCAAUCCUUCCAAACACGCGGAAACGACUCCACCCCCCGCCAUUCGAUAACUUGGACGGGAGGGAAUCUUGUGGCCGGAAGAGCUACAUCCGAGAGUGAUUAUCGGCGUGCGCGUGGAAAUGUAACGGACCGUCGAGCGCGUGAUUUUACUGCGUUUAGCAGGGAAGCAUAGCAAUCGAUUUAAAAUCAAACGUAAUCCAUGCGUUGCUAAACGCCAAAUGGAAGCCCUGCAACCAUUAGACCCUGUCGCAUGCAUCCAUCACAGGGAUAGGGUGGAUCGCCUCGUCUCUAAUCCAGUCUUCAGACCGAGUCCUCGAGUCUAGCAGGCCCCGAUGAGCAACGCACAAACAAAAAUAUAUUUUAGAUUGUCCCUAAAUUAAAAAUAUAUGUUAGAUUGAAUUCUCGUAUAACACUUGUUUCAGGGUAUAUGUAUAUACAAAGAGCGUGGCCUAGUGUGGAUAAAGAAUGUCUGUAAAGUAAAGGUCUCCAUCGGUGGUUCCGUACCACGAAAUUCCAAGGCCAUUCUGACACAAAGUGGUGCACUGCUUCGCUGCAAGUUCCAAACGUCUAUCGGGCCACGCCAUCGCAGCAGGACACAAACGCAACUGGGCAUUAAAAAAAACAACUACUAUAUGUGUAACUCCUGAUGAUGACAAAGAUGUUGACUUAAAGCUUUCGCGACUGCAGGAAUUCAUAUUCUUUUGGGUCUUUCGGUAAAGUAACGUGGAUAGGUUACGUGACUUUACCAAAAGACCCAAAGAAUAUAAAGAUGUUGUUGAUAAUGAUGAAUAUGAUGUAAGACCUCAUGAUGAGGUGAGCAUACGAAACUAAAGCUCCCGCGUCAAGCCUCCGGUCCCCACGCAGCCUCGGGGCUCUGCGCUGGCCGCUGAGAUUGUUUGCUUUUGAGUUCAAGGGUCAAGACCGUGUGCAGCUUUACCCAGACGAUGCUUGGCCACGACCAACGGCUGCAGAGAAAAAAACUUCUCAGACAGGAGGGUGAAGAAGAUGGGAGAGGAGGGAGCAUGAGGUUAUGGUGUACGUGGCCCACUUAAAAAUAAGAAUGAGGUUUCUCAAUGUGGGGGGGACCCUCACCCUGCCGAUCAAAGGGCAUUAUACAAAAACAGAACCUGCGAAGGUUCCGGCAGAGGUGAGCGGUCGACCACUGGGAGCUCAAACACACAGCAGGGAGUGUGGGACACGUCGAGCGCCAAACCUACGCGGCGCAUUCGCCGGGGCCAGAACGCGCGGUUGGCCGCUGGCAUCGCCAGCCGACGAGCGAGCGAUCCACCUCGGAGUUGUUGAAACCCGCGACCUGUCGCGUGACCUGCACUUUGUCGACCAAACUGCGAGUUUAUCGAGUGAGCGAAUAAAUUAAGUGAGAGCUUACGCGCUGUAAAUAAGACCAGAGCUGUUUUUCGCGUCUUAUUUCCCCCCCGCCCCGAUUGCGUGCCGUGGCCCGGUGUGGCUUGGCCCCGUGUGGUCUGACACGGCUGCGCUCACGACCGGCUCGGGUCGCGGCUGCAACCGUCGCUGCGCCCUAUGGUGCCGCCGCUGCUGCUUCUCUGUGCUUCCUAUAAAGGUUGCAAUCUAUUUAUAUGCCGAGUAUAUUGAUAUUUCUGGUUUGAUGUAAAAAAAAAUUGCGGAGGUGUGCCGUGGCCGUUUUCGUGCGAUAUUUUCAUAUCCUGGCGGUUUGUCGAUGCCGGUUUUGCCGCGAGGGUUCCACCAGCGUGUCACGAAUACCAAACCAUGAGGGGGGGUAGGACCGGGUAAGGGGAUAGGGCCACCGGAGGAGGGGUCAAGGGAAUGGGCAAGAGGUCCCAGGCGGCCCCCCGCGAACUGAACCCUCGGCACGCCGGCGCCGACAGCCAGCGCAGGCCGACGCCGCUAACAGUCGCAUGGCACCCGAGUGCAGAUUCCAGUCCAUCCUGUUUGUUUCUCUUGCUUUUUGUAUUGUGAACUUUGUUAAUUUAAAAUAAAGCAAACACUCCAACCGCG